UAUAAAACGUUUGUUUUAAAAUCAUCGAAUACGUUACAUAUAAUUGUUUCCAUUUUGUUGACAUGGCUAAAGUAAAAUUAGCUAUAAGAAUCAGACCGUUUACUGAUAAGGAACUUAAAUCGGAAAUUGAUCGUACUGCGGUUGUAUGUGUUAGCGGAGUGAAAACAGUGACAAUAACAAAUAUAAAAGUAAAUACGUCAGGCGCAGGCGACAGCAGGGAGCGUGUGCGGCCAUACUACGCCGAUUUUACUUUUGACAGCUCCUGCCACAAAACAAAUGAUGAGUACGCUACCCAAGAAAAGGUAUUUGAAACUAUCGGAGAAGGAGUGUUGGCGAGCAUGUCACAAGGCUUGUCUGCGUGCGUGCUUGCUUAUGGUCAGAGCGCAACUGGAAAGACGUAUACCAUGAUGGGAACAGAGUCAAACCCUGGUCUGAUACCACGUCUUUGUCGUGCUCUGGGCGAUGAACAGCCCGUUGAUAUUAAUGUCAGUUUUUUGGAGAUAUACAACGAGCGAGUGCACGACUUACUGGCGGGCGACGUGAUACCAGCUGUGGACACCUUCGGCUCUUUGCCUCGACGCAAGGGCAACGCUCGGAAGGACCUGCGCGUCAGAGAACAUCCUACCAAAGGACCAUACGUACAGAACCUCCGUCGCGUGUGCGUGCGUGACGUGGGCGUUCUGUUAUCGCUGGUGUGCGAGGGCGCACGGCGGCGACGCACGGCAGCCACGCGCCGCAAUCCCGCCUCCUCGCGCUCGCAUGCCUUGCUGCAGCUUACCACGCCGCGAGCCACGCUGCACCUCGCUGAUUUAGCGGGCAGUGAAAAAGCUAGUUGGGAGGGCUGUGGCGGAGGAAGACAAAAGGAAGGAGCAAAUAUUAACAAAUCAUUAGUUGCACUCAGUAAUGUUAUUUCAGCAUUAGUGAACGGAGGAAGUGGAAGAAGUAAAUUCGUACCUUAUCGAGACUCGGCUUUGACGUGGCUAUUGAAAGAUUGUUUUACCGGCGGUUUUAUUAUUGCUACGGUAUCACCCAGUUACGCUUGCUACGGCGAGUCGGCAUCGACACUCCGCUGGGCGGCACAGGCACGUCGUUUGCAGACACCAAAGCCGGCACCAGUCGCUGGAGUUACCACAAGGAUUGCUCUGCAAGCACAACUCAAUCAAUUGCUCUCCGAACUCAGUAGACAUCAUAUACGAUAUAUACCGGAAUCUGGAAAAAUAUUGUACGAUGAUGAUCACUGGAAAUUAAAUAACAAUGAUAAAUUGAAAAAAGAAGCAAAAAUAGGCAACAUAAUGAAUACCACACAUCCAAAAACUGACGCUCCAAAUUCGGAUUCCACCAAAUCAUUAACAGUAAGCGGAAGUACGAAUGUUUUGAAUAAUUUGGAUAAUAAAACAAAAAUAGAUAAUGAAAUCCACAAAGAAGUAGACAAAUUUUUCGGUCCUAUGUUGGAAAGAACACAAAGCGGCAGCGUUUUAGAUAUUACGCCACUGAGACAUAAGAAAAGGCAGUACUGCUCCGAAGAAGUAUUAUUAGUCGAUGAGUCUUUAAAUGAUAAAAAUACUGAAAAAUUGCCUGAUUUUUCCCAAAACCAUAAUGAGAUAAAAAAAGAAGAAAUGAAACUUGCUAUCGAACACAAGAACUCCCCUGUUUCGAUUUUGUAUGACAAUCAAAGAGCAGAAAUUAUAGCAUCUGUCACAGAAAGACUGUAUUCAAAAUUUAAAAAGGAUGCUGCAGCUAACAAAAUGGAUGCCACAGGAGAUAAAAAGACGAUGCCACAUUUAAGUGAAUUAAAGAUUUGUAGUAAUGCUCGUCAGCGCCUUUUGGAAUUGAGUCAAAAAGCAAUAAGGAAUAAGAAAAGAAUAGGCAUACCAGCUCACACACAAACAAGAAGAGUUGUUAUUCGAGUUAAGGAUCAAGGAAUUAAUGCUCAAACCGAUCUUGCGCCAUUUAUAAUACUCAAAAAUGAUACAAAAAUAUUUUAUAAGGAUGCUGCUACAGAAACUAUUCCUUUAACACCAAGGUGCAAAGAUGUCGCAAGCGGAGACGGUUCUUUAAAUUUCCACGAUAAAUCUACAACAAUGGAAAUAAUAAAGAUAGCCAAAAAACACAGUAAUAUUAUGACGGACAUUAUACUGAAAAGAAAUAUGUGUACUCAAACUCAAAUUUUACCCCAUUCGAGAAGGAGGAAAAGGGCGUCAGCAUGUACAAAAUUACACAAAAACCGUAAAAGUAGCAAACAAACAAAGGAUAGUUGUAUAAUUCCUUCAGUAAUAAAUAUAAAUAUUUCCCCUGUCUGUUCAUUUGAUUCUGAUUCAUUAAAUUCAAGUGAAAAAUCAGACAAUGAAUGUACCCAAAACAAAAGCGAAAAUUUGAAUGCUACUCCAGAUCUUUUGGCAAGUUAUAACAAAGACAUUCUUGAAGAAGUUAAAGUAAGUGACACUGAGUUAACAAAUGCUGAAAAAGCUUGUAACGUAAAAGACGAAAUUGUUUCAACUUCCGAAGUUUUUGAUAAUAUAACACUUGAAGACUUCCCGGAUGAGGAACUGCCUUUACCACGAGUAACCGUGGAUACUACAAGGGUUUAUGAUGAUAAUGAUAUAAAAAAUUUAAUUUUGGGAAGAGAUGUUAAUGCGUAUCCUUACAAUAUUGCACUUUCUCCAAACAAAAAUAAAGAUGUCAAAAGGGUUAUUAAGUUUAAAGAUUCAACCGGUAACUUUACUACGUAUAAUGAAUAUGACAAAACGAAUAUAAAAAAAGAUAAUAUUAAUAGAAAUUAUUUAUUGGACCCAUAUACUGAUACAUCUGACUCAACUAGAUUAGAAUCGGAAUCGUUUGUUUGGAAUAAAGGUAAUAUUAGAAAUAUAUCUAUGCACAAGAAUCAACCUAACUACGAUAUUAAAGAUGGUAAAAUAUUUAAUCAUUGCUUUGAUUCUGAGACUGAGUUAGAUUUGGAUAUUAAUACAAGUAGUGUAUCAGAACAAAAUAAUAGCAAAAAAGGCAAAUAUUGGACGUGGCAAAGUGGGAAUAAAUCAAAUAGAUUGAUGAAGGAAAGGGACACAAAAUAUAAGGACAAUUUUUGCAAUAUUCAAAACAAAAUCAUUGAGACCUGUAGCGGUUUAGAAAAUGCAGCUUCUGAAUAUGAAAAAUAUUUAAAUAGAUAUUACGGCGAUCACCCAAACAAAAGUCCUACUGAAUAUUUGCAUUACCUUGUAAACUUGAGAAGGGAAGUAGUUAGAGAGUCACUUAGUACUUGUAGUACGGAUACAAUUUCUUCUGACGGUCAUGAUGCUUCGACCUUAUAA